AUGCAGGCAUUUUUAAAAACUGGCCGUACAACUGGAGAAAGUUCUUCCACCGGUGCAGGUGGUGAAGGCGGAAGCACUUCCACCAAGCGAACGAAACAUAGCGUACCAUGGGUAGAGAAAUACCGUCCCAAAAGUGUCGAUGAUGUGGUUGAACAAGCGGAAGUGGUUGCCGUCCUACGCGAAAGUCUCUCAACCACGGAUCUACCGAAUUUGCUACUGUACGGACCGCCCGGUACUGGCAAAACGAGUACAAUUCUUGCCGCGGCCAGGCAACUGUUUGGCGAUAUGUUUAAAGAACGCAUUCUCGAGCUGAACGCGUCGGACGAUCGUGGCAUAGCGGUGAUUCGAAACAAAGUGAAAACGUUCGCACAGCUGACGGCUAGCGGAACCAGAACGGACGGCAAGCCCUGUCCACCGUUCAAGAUCGUUAUUCUGGACGAGGCGGAUGCGAUGACACACGCUGCUCAGGCCGCUCUGCGUCGAACGAUGGAAAAGGAAACGAAAACCACGCGGUUCUGUUUGGUUUGUAACUACGUGUCACGGAUUAUCGAGCCAAUCACAUCGCGCUGUACCAAAUUUCGUUUCAAACCGUUGGGAGAGGAGAAAAUUAUUGAGCGAUUGCGCUACAUCUGCGAGCAGGAAGGUGUUCAGGUCGAUGAAGACGUUUACAGGGACAUCGUUAAUAUUUCCGGUGGUGAUUUGCGACGAGCCAUUACCACCCUACAAUCGUGCCACCGGUUGAAAGGCACUCAGGCACGCAUCGAAAGGCAGGACAUACUGGAAAUGUCGGGUGUGGUACCGGAACGCUACCUGGAGGAAUUUAUAUCGGUUUGCAAAAGCUCGAACUAUAGCAAGCUAGAAGAAUACGUUCAAAACCUUGCAUACGAUGCGUACAGCGUGGGGCAACUGUUUGAGCAGCUAACCGAGUACAUUGUGUACAACGACGGACUGACGGAGAAGCAAAAGGCUCUAAUCUGCGAAAAACUUGGUGAAUGCUGCUUCCGACUACACGGCGGAGGUUCGGAAUAUAUUCAGAUAAUGGAUUUAGGCUGCGUCACAAUUCAGGCUCUCAAGGACCAGUGA